AUGUCGACUAUCUCGACUUUUUUUCCCUCUUCUUCUUCAGUCCCUAUAUCAAACGAUUCGACCCAGGCAAAAUCCUUACCAUACCCUGCUGUUUCUCGCUCGCAGACCCCAGUAUCUUCUCCUCUUGCAGGACCCUCGAUCUGGCGACCUCCAGCUCAUUGGAAUCUUGAUACCAACGGUCGUCCAGCCAAUCCGCCUUCCAACUCUAUCAAGAAGCCACCGAGAAAUAAGGUUAGGACCCCAGAGGAGAGGGACACCAUUGCCGAAACCUCUGCGAGAUUUUCUUCGCGAAUUGUUGCAGACCAUGAAGCCGUGUUGAACCCAGACGUGGAAUCGCCCUUUGUAGAUACAAUCGAUGUCGUGAACAGGCUCUUGCCUUAUCACAUCUUUUUUCAACCCAAGGAGGAUCUAGUACCCCUUCUUCGCGACAGAAAGGGCAAAACGAAAGCUGCAGAAAUUGAAGAUUUAGCAGACACUAAAUUUGCUCUGGAUUGUCAUCGGCGCCGCAAGAAAUUGGAAGACCGUUUUCGAAAAGCUAGAGUCAAGGAUGGCGCAGGAUCGGGAUUUAACUCUCAGCUCGUCGUCCUUACGCAAAGUGUGUUAGAUAGUGACCGUGCGGAGGUUGCCGCCUUGAAUGCCGAACUUCGAGCAGCGAGGAGUGAAUAUGAUCGUUUAGAACGCCAAAAACGGGCGACAUCAAACCCUCCUCCGCCUACACCUGCCUCUCGCACAUCUUUCUAUACUGCACCGACACAAUCGGCUGUCGCCAACGGACAGUCCGCAUAUUACCGACCUUAUCCAUAUACAUACACUUCGACAUUUGGAACCUCAUCUCCAGCUCAAGCUGCUGCUGCUACACCUACAUUUUCUGUGGCGUCCAAUGCAACCUCUAUACCGCAAGUUAAUACGUCGACCGUCCCACCUCCAGCCACUUAUCCAACAACCUCAGCUAUUCCGGUCCAAUUGCCUAUCGCUUUCAUGCCUGCUCUGAAUCGUCUUGGUAUCAUACCUGUCCCUACAGGCUCGGUCUCUGCAGGACAGCCACAACCGCCCGCUGUCCUUCGUGGAUCUUCGUCUAAUGGGACAGUGCUGAAUCUCGAGAUCAAUGUCGCGAUGUUGCAGCCUUCACAAAUGAGUGGGCUAGCAGUAAUUCUGAACUCACUCAUGUCCCGUUCAAACUCGAGCAGUAUACCCUCUGCUCCAGCGCUAUCUUCUGGCUCAUCAACCGGGGUUUUUCCGCCUCCAGCAGACAAAGUUUCAUAG